CAUUUCCCUCUUUUUUCCUACACUCAUCAUUCUCUCCUUAUUCUCCUCCCUUAUCUUCCUCACUCCUCCUAUCCCCAAAACAAACAUGGAACAAGAAAAAACACCAUCAACAGAAUUCAAUAACCCCAAAAUGUUAAAAGAAUUCCUAAGAUCAGAUAGUAUUCUUAGCACUAACUACAAUCUCAAUUCCAGCUCUUCUUCCGGGUUCAAAUCUUACCCGCUAAUACUACCCGAUAGCAGCACUUGUUCUGUUACCAAUUCGGGUCCAAACUCCAAUAAAUUUCAAAGGAGCCGAAGCCGAUCACGAGCCGUCGCAGAAGCCGCAUUCGGGAAGAUUCUUAACGCACUGAAGUCAUUCCAUUCUUCUUCGUCAACGUCGUUGACGUUAACGAGGACAUUUUCUAAAACGUUUUUAGUGAAAUGGAAUGCUAAGAAGAAACAAAAGAAAUUAUCGGGUGAGGCGAUAAACAACACAACUAUGGUGGUCACUGUAAAAGUUAAGGACAUUUUACGGUUUAAAUCGUUUGGUGAGGAAAGAAAUGAAUCACAGCCGUCAGAUUUAGUAGUGGGACCCACAACAAACGCUCCUUCCUUUGCAUCGGAUUCUGAAGUGGGCCCGACAAAGGAUGAUAAUAACAUAGAAAGUGAAGAAGAAACAGAGCAGCAAAGCCCAGUUUCUGUUCUUGAGUCUCCAUUCAGAGAUGAUGCCUCAGAAAAUGAAGACUUUAUCUCGUCUUUCGAUCAAAGUUUGGCUAACAUGGAAAGAACAAAACAAAGGCUCCUUCAAAGCAUCCAGUUGUUUGAGAGCCUUGCCGGUGUUUAUGAAGAUGAAAACGAUGAAACCGAGGAUGAAGUAGAAGAAGAAGAUCAUGAAAAGUGCAAACUAAGAGGAGACGAUGAUAAUGCAACCGAAGCAAACAUCAAAGCUUACAUAAGAAAGGAAAUAUGGUGGUUUAAAAGGGGAGAAAAAGGUUUAGAGGAGGAAAUGGAGUUUAUGGACAAGCAAAGGCAUUGGAACAAGUUUGAUGAGGAGAUAUUAGAGCUAGGAGUUGAUUUAGAGGUUUUAAUGUUUAAUGAUUUGUUGGUUGAGGCUUUGAUUGAUUUUUGUGAAUGAUGAGUAACAUUGCAUGAAAAAAAAAUUUGAUUACUUAGUGUAGUUUGUUGUAUAUAAUAAGAGGGAGUGAAGUUAAAGAGAUGAAGAUUAGUAGUAUGCAUAGGUCUAGGUCUUUGUUGAAUAAGAUAGUAUCUAAUGUAUUCCUUGCUUCUUUUUUUUUUUUUUUUAGUGCAAUUAAUGAAUGAGAAAGGAUUUACUUUUUUCUUUCAUAAGAAUGUACUAUGUUGUCUCAUUUUAUAGUGAAUAUUGUUCUAAUUUAAUCAAAAAUUGUCAUGCAAAUAGUUUAGAUAUUACUCCUAAUUUGUGAUCUACCAUAUUGGAUGAACAAUAG